AUGCAGGAAGAGUUCGACGCUCUUCAGCGGAACCGUACCUGGACACUGGUUUCCCGGCCUCCUCGCGCCAAUGUCAUCACCGGCAAGUGGGUCUUUCGCCACAAGACCCGCUCGGACGGUACACUUGAGCGCUACAAGGCUCGCGGGGUGGUUCGUGGUUUCCGACAGUGCGCUGGAGUUGACGUCACUGAGACGUUUGCCCCGGUUGUUAAACCGGGCACGAUCCGCACCGUCCUCCAGCUUGCGAUGUCCCGAGGCUGGCCAGUUCAUCAGAUGGAUGUCUCCAACGCCUUCCUCCAUGGCCAUCUUGAGGAGCAGAUUACUCUUCGGCUGCGUGACGGGUUUGCCAUCAAGGACUUGGGUGCUCUACAUUAUUUCUUUGCCAUCGAGGUCGUUCGGCGACCGGACGGCUUCUUUCUUCAUCAGCAGAAGUAUGCGCACGAGCUUCUUGAGCGUGCUGGCAUGCUCAACUGUCACCUUGUUGCUACUCCUGUUGACACGAAGGCCAAGGUUUCUGUUCUUGAGGGCUCGCCAGCGUCGGAUGCUCCUCUCUACCGGUCCAUCAUCGGUGCUCUUCAGUAUCUGACUCUCACCAGAACAGAUCUUCAGUAUGUUGUUCAGCAGGUGUGUCUCCACAUGCACGCCCCUCGUGACUCCCAUUGGACUCUCUUGAAGCGGAUCCUCCGUUAUAUUCGCGGCACGAUGACCCUCGGGCUCACCGUCACGGCGUCCACUUCUCUGGAGAUGAUGGCCUACUCCGACGCGGACUGGGCUGGCUGCCCAGACACUCGUCGGUCCACCUCCGGCUACUGCGUCUACCUCGGUCCUUCACUCGUCUCGUGGUCGUCCAAGCGACAACCCACGGUUUCGCGCUCCAGCGCGGAGGCUGAGUACCGAGCUGUGGCUAACGCUGUUGCUGAGUGCACUUGGCUACGACAGUAA